UUCUGAAGUACUGCGUGUAUUGCGCGGACAACAGCGGACAACUCUGGACAAAUCGUUGUAUAUUCUCAGGUUCUCAGUUAACUGUAGUUAACUUGGAAUACUCGUGUGGAAGGAAAUAAAAUUAUACCUUCAAAAAUAUGUCUUUCCUGGUCAAUUUCAUGAAACGUUCCAUUCCAACCGUGAAAGCACAAGACGACGAAGAAUUAGUUGACCCUCAAAAAAUAUUUCGUGCAAAGUGUGCAAAAAAAGAAAAGUGUGCUAAUAUGCAAAAGAAACUUAAUACAUGUAACGACCGUGUCAAUUCAAGAACUCAGACAGAAGAAACAUGCAUGGAAGAAUUAAUUGAUUACGUUGAAUGUGUAGACCAUUGUGUAGCAAACGUACUCUUCAGUAAGCUUAAGUAACAUCAUACUUUAUCCACAAUUGUAUGAUGAUUGUUGAAAGCAUAUUAUCGAUGAAUUUGGUGCAUUGUAGAUAUAUAAUUAUUGCUAG